CCAGAAGCACGUCGCAGAUGGUACAUUCUGUUCGUGCCGUAUAAAUAACGCCGAGGAAAGGAAGGUGGGUGCACUUUUACGGGAUUCAGUGUGGGUGUGUUUAUUACGAAGUAGUGAUCCAGACUUUUUGAAAGUACAGAAUGAAGGCUGUUGCUGCUGUGAUACCUCUGUUCUGCUCUCUUCUGAUUGUGAUUAUAAAGAAUCCAAGUUCUGAAGCAAGAAAAAAUGACACAGCAAUAAGCCAAGGAACUGACUGUACACAGAUCAGACUAACAAAGCCAGACGCAGAAAGUGGCAUCUACUGGAUACAGCCAGCAGCAGUAUCAAAGCCUUUUAAGGUCUACUGUGACAUGCGUGAAGAUGGAGGCUGGACCCUCAUUCAGAGGCAUAAUGGAAACGAUAGCUUGAGUUUUCGCAGACCAUGGGAUGACUAUAAGAAUGGAUUUGGAAAGCAUAAUGGAGAACACUGGCUUGGAUUGUACAGAGUCUAUGCUUUGACAACUCAGAAAAAUAAAUCCUUUGUACUACAUGUUGAAAUUGGAGAUUUUGAAGGCGAUACUGCGUAUGCUAUGUAUGAUGGCUUCAAGAUCAGUAAUGAAUUAAACUUUUACAAACUGAACAUUGGAAAUUAUUCUGGUACUGCAGGAGACUCUUUCACUGGAACUCUCUUAGGUGAGACCCAGGCUGGCUCAAAUUUUAGCACCAUCGACAAGGACAAUGACCAGUGUUCACCAUGCAUUUCUGGAGACAUUGCAUUCGUCAGUUGUAGUAACUUUUUCUCAGGAGGGGGAUGGUGGUUCAGUCGCUGUGGUAUGGCGGACCUAAAUGGAGAGUGGCAUCCAAAGAAUAAUAAUAUUGGUUGGCAGUCUGGUGUUUACUGGAAAACCUGGAAAUAUGUUAUGCCAUAUUCACUGAAGUACAGUGAAAUGAAAGUUAAAUCACUGUAAAUUAACAUGUAGCAUCAGUUACUAAGACAUGCUGAUAUGAAAAAAACUAA